UCCACAUGAGAGUUCACACUGGAGAGAAGCCUUACACUUGCCAACAGUGUGGAAAGAGUUUCAGUCAGAAACAAAACCUUACAGUCCAUAUGAGACUCCAUACUGGAGAGAACUCUUUCAUCUGCAAACAGUGUGGAAAACGUUUCACUAAAAAACAAAACCUUGAUAUCCACAUGAGAAUUCACACUGGAGAGAGUUCUUUCACCUGCCAACAGUGUGGGAGCAGUUUCACUCAAAAAGGAAACCUUAAAGUCCACAUGAGAACUCACACCGGAGAAAAGCCUUAUACUUGCUCUGAGUGUGGACAGAGAUUUGCACAUAAAAACACCCUUAAUUCCCACGUAAGAAUUCACACUGGAGAGAAGCUGUUCACCUGUGAUCACUGUGAAAAGAGCUUCACAACAGAACUAAACCUUAGAUAUCACAAGAACAUUCACACUGGAGAGAAGCCGUUUGUAUGUGGUCAGUGUGGAAAGCGUUUCACACGUAAAGUAACCCUUAAUUACCACACAAGGAUUCACUCAGGAGAGGACUGUUUUAAAUGUAAUCAGUGUGGAAAGAGUUUCAGUCAUAAAAAAAGCCUCAGCACUCACAUGAUAACUCACACUGGAGAGAAACCUUACACCUGCAAACUGUGUAGGAAGAGCUUCUCGCUAAAAGGAAAUCUUAAGACUCACAUGAGGCUUCACACUGGAGAGAAGCCUUUUUCGUGUCUUCAGUGUGACAGGAGUUUCACAUAUCAAAGAGACCUGAAACGUCAUUUGCAAAGUCAUUCUGGACAGAAAUGGCAAAGUUCUAAAUGUGACAAGAGGUUUAGAAAAAAACGCAAUUUUAAAAAUCACCAGCGCAUUCACUCUGGAGGAAGGCCAUUUCAUUGUGAUCAGUGUAACAAAACAUUUAUUUUGCCAUUACACUUAAAGAUACACAUGAAAAAUCACGAAAACGUGAAACCCUAUUUGUGUUCUUUGUGUGGAAAGAGUUUUAAGUGGUUCGGCAAGUUAAAAUUGCACCAGAAAAUACGGCUCUGUGUGAAAUUAAGGAAACGUUCACGCCACAGCCGAAUGUCCUAAAUGUGAUUGUCCACCUUUCAUGGCCGCUUCUUUUAUUUGCAUUCUUCACCUUUUUAAACUUUACUUUUUU